GGCGUCAUGUAUAUCAGCUUGUGUAACUUAUACUUGCAGCUAUAUUUGCCCAACCUUUUCCUUGUGAUUUUAACUUCUUUGACAUCCUGUACUAUCUGGAAUAUUAAUAGCCAACAAUCCCUUUUCCAAAAACACCUUUCCAUUACUCUGAUGUUGAUAUUUUCUUGUGAAUAGAGUAUAUUUAAAUGUUACAACAUGAAGUUACUUAGCCCUCUGCCGUUUCUAGCCUCGAUAAUAGGCAUCAGUAUGUACCUUUCCACGCCAAGUUUGGGCAAAUCCCUCUAAUUCAAAUUAUAGUUCCCGCAACUUCUUCUCUCGCAACAUAUUCUACUAGCUCUGGUGGCCCGUCUUACUCGGUCGGAAUAUCCGCAAGUAAUUCAAACAAUGUCUACUUUCAACUCGCAGCCCCUACUUCAUAUCAAUGGGUCGCUCUUGGCAUCGGUUCCCAAAUGUCCGGAAGUACCAUCUUCCUGAUGUAUGCUGAUGGCAGCGGAAACGUGACACUCUCUCCUCGCAAAGGCACGGGACAUGUCGAACCAAAGUACGAUAGUAGUAUGACCGUUAAAUUGCUUGCUGGAAGUGGUAUAGUAGACGGAAAUAUGGUCGCCAAUGUUCUCUGCACAAGCUGCAGUUCUAAAUUAGCAUCUACAACAUCGACAUCUUCAAACUGGAUAGCUGCUUGGAAUUCUGGCUCGGCACUAGAUACUACCGAUACCUCGAAAUCUAUAUCUCAACAUUCGGGAUCUAAUCAUCGCUCCUUUACGUUUGAUCUUUCCCAAGCGCAGCUAGAAUCUGACUCGAAUCCCUUUACCUCGGCUUCUUCUGCUACAACUUCUUCACCUAGUGGCGCAUCUUCAAGCUCCUCAAGCUCAUCUACGUCUAGCGGAACUUCACGGGUCCAAUCAUACGACAUGGCGCAUGGAAUAAUCAUGGGAGUAACCGUAGUACUACUCUUCCCCCUCGGAGCACUCUCCAUGCGAAUCUUCGGUAGACCCUGGCUUCACGCCAGUUUACAAAUAAUCUCAUUUAUCUUCCUGAUCGCAGGUCUAGGACUCGGAAUCAAACUUGCAGGAUUGAGAUAUGGAUCCUUCGGACCCAAUCUUGCUCGUCGUACUGUUAUUGAUGAAAUUGCAAAGAGACAGUUUGGUGCGUUUGGAAGUAGUACGUUCACGGGUACACCUCCUUGGGCUACUGCCACGGGUACGAAUACAGGGGGUUUUAAUAAUCCCACUUCGACUUCUGAUUCUGGGUCUGGCUCUAAUUCUGGUUCCGGUUCCGGGGCUGCAUCACAAGGUUCUGGAAACGCAGCUAUUACAGGUGCUUCCGUCACUCCGAAUUUAGGCACGAUUGUGAGUUCUUUUCCCCAAUGAUCCCUUAUAUCUUCCCAACCAAGUCAUAACUCACAAAAUAGAUCACGAAUACAACACAUAUGAUCUUCGGCAUCAUUCUAGUAGUUUUAUUCUUCAUCCAGCCCUUCCUAGGCCUCAUACAUCACUGGAGAUACAUGCGAGCUCAACGCCGAGGAAUGUUUGGAUAUAUCCAUCUAUGGUAUGGUAGGAUAUUGAUUGUUCUCGCGGUGAUCAACGGUGGGUUGGGUUUGCAAUUGGCUUCUAAUACGAAGAAUGGGGAGAUAGCUUAUGGAGUUAUUGCAGCAUUUAUAGGAUUGUUUUAUAUUGGCGUUGUGGUUUUUACUGCUGUGAGGAAAAGGAGGAGAAAUAGAGAAUGGUCGAAAACUUUCUAAGUAUGGAAUUAACUUGUUGGAGUAAGGGGCGCUCGGUGAGGUAUGGAUAAAUGAGAAUGGUGCAAGUUACAAAGGAAUGAAUUCGCAGGACAUGAAUUGGGGUUAUAAUCUUUUUAUUUUUCCAAUUUUCCUUUUUUUCAAUAAUUACAAUGAUGAUACCAAGGAGAAAGUGCCGUCUCCCAUGGCCUAUUGUUCCGUGUCGGCGUCUCUGGGCAGAAACUUCCUCAAGUUGUCUAAUGAUGGCUUGUUCAAUUAAUAGCUCCCCUUCUUCGUCCUAUGUACCUAUAUAGCCACUCCAAAUGAUUACACAUCCCAGUCUCCUCAUAUCACUACGUAGUCUCAUCGAUAACGUCAG